AUGAACGAACGACCGAACCGAAAUCCACAAGGUGUCCAGGCAAAUCCUGUUUCCACUUUUGCACUAUCCGUUGUAAGAGGAAAACCUGGUCCAACAAAAGAAGACAAAAACUCGCGAAGUAGUCUUAACUACGCCAAAGAAAACUUGAAACGAGAAGCAAAAAGAAACAAGAAAGGUGAAAGUAACUCACCACGAAUUUCCGAUCCAGCCCUUUCCUAG